AUGCUACACACUAUCAAGGGUCUUCGACAAGUGCGGGGAGCUCGGGGCUUCUCCGUGAGCUCGAGAGCGCUUCUUCAGCUCAAAAAUGUGACCAAGACAGGUCUUGAAAUUGAACUGGAACCCGGAUCGACCCCCGUUCACUACUCCAACUUUUUCCUCAGAGAUGCCGCCUCCUCCACAAACGCCAUUGAUCCCUCGACUUCGCAGCGGUACUUUUCUUCCGGCGAGCUGGCCAAGGACAUCCAUCCCAAGAAAAUCCAUGUGGGCAAGAAGGAGGGCCAAGCCGACUCUGCCGUGUACUCCACUCAGGACACCAAAAUAUGCCAGCAUGAUACGGACAUUGACGGCCUGAAAAUCGAGUGGUCCGACGGCUUCCAGGAGUACUACACGGCACACUUUCUCAAGCAGUAUGCGUCGCCCGAGGCUUCUCGAAAACGACGACAUUUGGCCCAGCCUAUUGAACUGUGGGAGAGAAAGGAGAUUACUGAGGCGCUGGACAAAAACCAAAUCCAGACCACGUGGAAGGAAUACCAGACCACCGAGGGUAUGCAUAAAAUCGUCAAGGCUCUGCACGACUACGGUCUGGCGUUCGUGACGGGUCUACCUGACCAGAAGACAACGGUGGUUGAUGCUGAAGACAAGGAUGUGGGUACUGUCACAGCAGAACCCAUUCUCGUGGAAGAGGUCGGAAAGAAGAUUGGAUACAUCAAGGAAACCUUCUAUGGCCGAUCAUGGGACACCCGAUCUGUCCCCAACCCCAAAAACGUGGCCUACACUUCGCAGUACUUGCCUCUGCACAUGGACCUGCUCUACUACGAGUCUCCUCCUGGCAUUCAGCUGCUCCACGUCAUCAAAAACCAGGCUGUCGGAGGCGAGUCCAUAUUCACAGACUCGUUUGCAUCUGCUAAAUACGUCUGGGAAAAGAAUCCUGCCGCCUACAGAGCUCUGUGUGAGAUUCCUUUGACAUUCCAUUACAUCAACGACGGCCAGCAUUACCACAACACCGUGCCCAUGAUUGUCGAACACCAGCAGACAGACAAGAGCAAGUGGACCAACCCCAAAGCCAUCAACUACGCUCCUCCUUUCCAGGGCCCCUUUGACGCAGUUGAGCUAGUUGAGGGAGGUGAGAAGUGCGAGCUAUUCAGAGAAGGUCUCAGACUGUUUGAAGAGCACCUUACCAGCGCUGAAAAUGAGCUGCGAACAAAGAUGGAAGAGAACUCCUGUGUGCUUUUCCUAAACCGUCGAGUUCUUCAUUCUCGAACCGAGUUUGAUGCACAGUCUGGCGUCAGAUGGCUCAAGGGAACUUAUCUGGACAUCGAUGCCUUCUACUCCAAACUGAGAGUUCUAUCAAACGAUUCCUAA